AUGAAGAAAUCGGAUGAAGACGUGGCAAGAGCUGCUGGUGACGGAGAGCGUGUGGAUGGGCAGUAUAUGGAAGGUGCGGAAGUCGAGGAGGAGGAAGAGUACGACGUGUUUCACAAUGUGGGCCAAGGACUGGUGGGCCAACACCGAGAGCUGUUGAUACAGUACUGGCAGGAUCUCAUCAAUGAGAUAGAGGUUACUAAUGAACAGGACUCUGGAUUUAAGGACGACUUCAAGUCCCACUCGCUGCCCUUGGCGCGGAUCAAGAAGGUGAUGAAGACCGAUGAAGAGGUCAGGAUGAUCAGCUCCGAGGCUCCCAUCCUGUUUGCCAAGGCCUGUGAGAUAUUUAUAACCGAACUGACCAUGAGGAGCUGGUGUGUGUCGGAAUCCAACAAGAGGAGGACACUGCAGAAAGCAGACAUUGCUGAGGCCUUGCAGAAGAGCGAUAUGUUCGACUUUCUGAUCGAUGUCGUUCCAAGGAGCCAGCCUCCCAGCUGA